UAGAUUUAAUAAAUUGAUUAUAAAAACAUCUGAUUUGGAGAAAUUCAUAAGCUAUGCUUAAACUCGAAUCGAAUUAAUUGUGCAAUAAAUAAGUAGUACCUAGUUACCUGACUGGUAUAUCGAAUAUAAAUCCACACAUUGCAAUAUAAUAAUAGUCCAGCAUUUCAAUCGAUUCAAUUGAUACCCCGUGAAUUUUUAACAAUGGGCAAGAACUAUUAUCAGAUCCUUGGCCUAAGCAGGACAGCAAAUGAUGAGGAAAUCAAAAAAGCCUAUAAGCGAAUGGCCCUCAAGUACCAUCCAGACAAGAACGACCAUCCCCAAGCAGCGGAGCAUUUCCAGGAGAUAGUCGCUGCCUUCGAGAUACUAUCGAACAAGGAGAAACGCGAGAUUUACGACAACUACGGUGAGGAGGGUCUCAAGUACGGAAGCGAGCAGACGAGUUACUCGCAAGCCUCGUCCGAUAUGAUGCCGUUUAUGGUGGCCGUUGGUGGAACCGUUUUAUUCGCAUUUGCUGCAUUCAAGACGUUCCAAUUCUUUACCAAGAAAAAGGAUGCGGAACUCGAAGAUGAUUCGUCUUCAGAUUAAUUAUAAUCAAUUUUUAUCGAAUUUUGACGCUUUUAAUGUUGUAAGUUAAUAAAUUGUUAAAUUUAAAAAAGAA